CCUGGCUUCACCAUGGUUCUGUAUAACGAUACCCUUGAUUUGAACCAGACCUCCUGGCUUGGGGACUCCCUAGCCCCAAGCCUUGUCCUGGGAACCUGCUUCCUGGUGGGGGUCCCAGGGAACUCAGUGGUCAUCUGGGCUAUCCUUUCUCAGGUACGGAGACUCACCUUCACCAUGAAGCUCAUGCUAAACCUGGCUGUCACAGACAUCCUGACUCUGGUCACCCUGCCACUGUGGAUUUACGCCUUGGCAGACACCUGGCUCUAUGGAAUCGCCUGCUGCAAGUUUUUCUGCUACCUGAUUUACUGCAGCAUGUACGCCAGUGUCUUCUCUGUGAUGAUGAUGAGUGUUCAUCGCUACAUGGUCGUGCUUUACCCACUGUGCAAACAGAAGCUCAGGGGCAGGAAGAGCGACAGGACCUUGCUGUCCUUAGUUUGGGUCCUUGCUGGCCUCUUUGCCAUUCCUGUUCUUGGAAUUCGAAAAGUGGAGGAUAGGAAUGGACGGCAGAAGUGCUUAGCCACUGGAUACACGUCCCACAAUCAGAAAGCAGCGGUUCUGAUGCUGGAAACCUUAGUGGGUUUUGUGAUCCCAUGCAUGACACUGGCUGUUUCAUACUUUUUCAUCAGCAAAAGAAUGAAGCAAACCUCUUUCCAGGCAGGCAGGAGGCUGGGUAAGCUCAUCACAUCGAUUGUGUUUUCUUUUUUCAUCUUAUGGUUCCCCUACCAUGUGUUCAAUAUACUCACUAUUUCCACCAGCUUAUUGAAAGCAAACUCCCAGUUGGAGAACUCUGCACGUCUGGAAUCGUUUUCUGAGACAGGUACGAAUUUAGCAGGGGCUCUGAGUUUUAUAAACAGCUGCAUCAAUCCUAUUCUGUACGCCUUCGCCUCUCGCAGUCUCCGCAGAGGCAUUAGGACUUCAACUCUAGUCAGACAAUUAGAACAGGUGUGUCAUUCCCACAUGGACAAAGCCAGGGACACCCUCACCAUGGAUUCCACCAGAAAUGUACCAAAUAGACAGGGCUCCAUGUGUACUCCCCAGCUUGAUUAUGAUCAAAAAGGUUCACACAGACAAGUGAAGCCAAUGUGUGUGGAGUUUAAACAAAAAUAUAAAAAGUAGUUCAUCCUGACAGCACUUUAGGCUUUGGCUAGCACUUUCAUUUCAUACUGUAUAUUAGUAUGAAGUAUUUACCCCACAUCAUUGCAUUUUAAGAAGAGUUCAACAGCAAGCAACCGAAGAACCUGGCAACUCAAAUCAGCUUUUUUGUUUGCCCUGCCUACUUAAAGAAGGUUAUUUCCAAAAUGAUCUGAUUUGAAUGUUUAAAAACACUGUUAUAUGUUUAUGCUUUGUAUAUAUGCUGAUUAAACCAACAUUUAAAUAAACAAAUAAAUACAUAAAUAAAUAAAUAAAUAUGCAUAUAUGCACUUUGCAUUUAAGCUUAGUACCAUUAUCUAGUGAGUUCUUGAGGUUUAUUUUUCAUGUGCUUUAUUUUGCUCUUAUCUGCCCCUUAUUUUACUGCAUUUAAUCCUGUACUUCAGAAUACUGUAAUCUGCCAAGUGUUUAACCUGUAGUACUUUGUAUUUAAUCAUAUCCUGAUGUAACUAUCACUAUUUAAUCAUAUCCUGAUGUAACUAUCACUAUUAU